UUGCUCUUCAUCUAUGAAUUCAUCUGGCAAUCCCCACUCACUGCGCUUCCUGCUCACAGUCGCUCCCACAGCAUCUCGCACCACUGCUUCUUUGCUGUAGGUAGUUUGGGAUUAACGACACUGCCUGGAUUUACAGUUGGAGGGACCAGAGGGCUGCCACCAUGGUCACCAUCCCGCAGUUCUACGAAGGGAAGAGUGUCCUCAUCACCGGAGCCACGGGCUUCAUGGGGAAGGUCCUGCUGGAGAAGCUGCUGCGCUCCUGUCCGGGCGUCAAGGUCGUCUACGUGCUCGUCCGCUCCAAGGCAGGCCAGGCUCCUCAUGUGCGCAUUGCAGACAUGGUCAACUGCAAACUCUUUGACAGAUUAAGAGAUGAGCAGCCCGACUUUGCAGAGAAAAUUGUAGCUGUGAACAGUGACUUGACUCUGCCUGAACUGGACUUGCGGAAAGAGGACCAGGAGACACUGGCAGCCAAUGUCAACAUAGUCUUCCACUGUGCAGCAACAAUCCGAUUCAAUGAGCCUCUCAAAGAUGCAGUGCAGCUGAACGUUCUGGCGACUCAGAAGAUGGUGGCUCUGGCCCACCGAAUGAAACAGUUGGAGGUGUUCAUCCACGUGUCCACGGCCUACGCCAACUGUGACCGCAAGCUCAUCGAGGAGGUGGUCUACCCCCCACCAGUAGACUACAAGAAGCUUGUUGACACCUUAGAAUGGAUGGAUGAUAAGCUUGUGGGUGUAAUGACGCCAAAGCUGAUUGGUGACCGGCCAAACACGUACACAUACACCAAAGCUUUGGCUGAGUAUCUGGUCCAGCAGGAGUGUGGGAAUCUGAACGUGGCCAUCAUCCGUCCCUCCAUCGUCGGAGCCAGUUGGAUGGAGCCCUUCCCUGGCUGGAUAGAUAAUUUCAAUGGACCUAGUGGAAUAUUCAUAGCUGCAGGGAAGGGCAUUCUGCGCACGAUGAGGGCCUCCAACAACGCUGUGGCUGACUUGGUGCCAGUAGAUGUCGUAAUCAACACCACUCUGGCCGCUGCCUGGUACUCGGGCUCCCAAAGGCAUAACAGACCCAAAUCCAUGUUGGUUUACAACUGCACAACUGGAGGCAUCAACCCAUUCCACUGGGGAGAAGUUGAGUAUUGUGUAAACACGAUCUUCAAGACCAACCCUUUAGAACAGGCUCUCAGGCGGCCCAAUGUUAACCUGCGGUCCAACCCCUUUACCAAUCAGUACUGGACCACAGUGAGUCACACACUGCCCGCCCUGCUGUAUGACGGGUUUCUCAGGUUGACGGGUCAGAAACCCCGGAUGAUGAAGACUAUCAAGCGGCUGCACAAAGCCAUGAUGGUGCUGGAGUAUUUCACCAGCCACUCGUGGGUGUGGAACACAGACAACGUCACCAUGCUCAUGAACCAGAUGAGCCCCGAGGACAAGAGGCUCUUUAACUUCGAUGUGCGACAGCUGCACUGGGCCGAGUAUAUGGAGAACUACUGCAUGGGCACCAAGAAGUACGUGCUGAACGAGGAGCUGUCAGGCCUGCCUGCCGCCAGGAAACACCUCAGCAAAUUGCGAAACCUCCGCUACACGUUCAACACGCUGCUGGUGGUUGUCUUCUGGCGGGUGUUCAUCGCCAGGUCGCAGAUGGCGCGCAACAUCUGGUACUUUGUGGUCAGCCUGUGCUUCAAGUUCCUGUCCUACUUCAGAGCGUCCAGCACCCUCAGACACUGAGCGAGGAGAGAGUGAAGUGUGACUGGAGGUGGUCACGGAGGAAAUGUUACCAAGCCUCUCCUUCCCUUCCCUUCCCUUCUCCCCUCCCCUGAUAAUACCUUGCACCCCCCCCCCCCACACACACACCCCUUUUGUCCUUAUCUCAGACAGCUAUGCAUUCAGUGUAGCUUGGCCGACUCUUCGGACAUGUUCUGAAUGUCACCCUAGGGUCUGGGUCCUGCCCCCUCUCUCUUUCUCUAACUCUCUGUCUCUCCCUCUGUCACUCUCUUUCUUUCUCUCUUUCUCAUUCUCUCUCUCUCUCUCAUUUUUUUUUUCUGUUCAGCACGGCCCUCCCACUUCAAAACUGUAGGGGUGCUGACCACAUUGUGGAAAGCAAGCAUGUCUCUUCAGGGCUAAAUUCUCUCCUUCAGCACAACGAGCACAGGAGGCUUUUAAAAUUACUGCAUCACGUCUCUGUGGGUAAAAGCACUUAAGCCAAACACCGAAGAGGUGGGUGGGUGGGGGGGGGACUGACUAUUACUUUACCACACAUUCAACAGCUUGACCCCCAGCCAUUAGGCACCCUGCAUUGCUUGGCUGAUGGCAGUGACUCACUUGUCAACUAUUCAAUCAAGCACAAGGCAGAUAAGGAACGUGAUGGCUCCUCCGCAGUAUAGCUAUGUGCCUAUGCCCAAGCCUUCAGAUGACCUUGCUAAGCCUCACCGCCACAGCAUUCUGCAGCUAUGCUGAGCUCCCCCCCUCACUCCCACUUUGAGGGGUUUCCCCCCCCCCCCAUGUUGAAUUCUGCCAAACCAUCUUUAUACAUUCUACCUUUUUGUCUGCGAUUGUGCAGGAUGAAAAGGCCGUGCUUAUCAGUGAGAAGCUAAAGGUGGAACAUCUUGUUCUUGAUUCAGGACCUCUCCCUCUGUAUUACUGGCUUUUAGCAAGCUGCUGGCAUGCCUUGUUGCAUGUCUUGUCAUAGACCCGUUUCAACCUUGUAUCUGAUGAGGAACGUUUUGUGUGAGUACUUUUUCAACUCCAUUGUGUGUGUGUGUGUGUGAGUGUGUGUGAGAGAGAGUGAGUGUGUGUGUGUUGAUUCUUGCCCACUACUUUUCUUUCGCUACAGGGUCAUUUCCGGACCUUAAUGUCAAACUAGGGUCUCACCAUCCCAAGCCACAGACAGAUUGUUAAUCUAUACAUUUCUGUCAAUUAUUAUUUUUGUUUUUUUGUUUGGUUUUUCCUCUCCUCUGGCUGUGAGGAAGUGAGGGAACAUAAUUGCUGUUCCCUUACUCAUGAUCAAGUACUCUUCCUCCCUACAUUGGAAACACAAUUUUGGGGUGAACAGUAGCCAUGGGGUUAGUGAUUUUUGUUUAUAUUUAUAAAUAUACGAACUAUAUUUUAUGUACUUAAACACACUGCAAAAUGAGCUGUAGUACCAGAUUCUACAAGCUUUGAGUGUAUGACUAGGGUUAGUUGCUUGGUUGUCUGACUGGUUUGUGAACUGUGCCUGACAUUUUUUGACUAACACAAUGUGAAAGAGCUGAAAAUGUGUACGUUUUGUAAUCCAUUUGUGUACAUUUCCAGAUAGACAUUGUAAUAUUAAUCUCACAUUGCAUAGUAUUUUUAUGCUUGUAAUACAUAUAGAGUGGCUAUUUACAUUUAAGAAAAAGACAAAACAAAGGCAUGUAGAAGAUUGGCUCUUUUGGGGUCUUUGGGACAAAGUCCCAGAUGGACUUCUAAAUCCAAAUGUCUUUUUUUGUCUUGUCUGUUUUUUUUUUCAUCUGGUCACAAGAUGAUCAAAUUUAAACCAAAGCCAUCACACCUUUGGUUAUAUCUCAUAUCUUGUCUUGUGUGUAAAUUCAACGGUUGGUUUUCUUCUUACUGUAUUGACAUAGUCUGAAUGUACGUCACUCCAGCCUGACUCUUUGCACAGUUGUACUAGAAACUUCGAUUCACUCCAAAUGUGCGUGUCUAAUGUGUAUUUGGAACAUAUGUGGAUUUGGGACCUACUGAUCUGAUAACUUGUGGUAAUUGUGAAAACUUUCUUUUUUCGAGGACCACCAUUUGAAAGGGAUACUUGCCUUCAUGUACUUUCAAUCAUUCCCUUGUGUUUGGUUUAGUUUUUGAGAUGAGUGUCGCUUAGUAGGAAUUCUGGUGGGGGAAAAAGUUAAAUGCAGACUGAUGUAUUCAGGGUUAUCAAUUAACAUUCACUCAGCCAUGUACAUUACAUUUCUAUCUCUUUCUGUCUCUCCUUAAUGUGAUGUUGGGCAUCUUUUGGGUAGCAAGGGUGCCUUGUUGUAUGAUCAUGUCUGCCAUUUCAAACAGCAUUGCACAAUAGUGUUUAUCACAGUGUUUUGUUUUCCGUCAGGGGACCCCUUUCAAUCAUUGGACCUAUUGUCUCAUUUAGGUUUUUUUUUCUGUAAAAAUAUUUUCAGUCAGACCAAACAAUACAAUGGAGUAAAAUUGCACAUCUGAAGUCCAAUUGAGGUGUUUACAGCAAAAUGGGUUCAUUGCUCCAGAUCAUGCGCUAUCCAUUUUCUUGCAAGUCUAGAAUAAAAAAAAUCAAUGGGUGCCUUUUGUUUGUAAACCAAAUAAAUACAAAUAAACAGAACAUGUUAAUUCAUGAAA